GCCAUCGUCGGACACGCAAGACAACGACGACGAGAUGUCAGGCACCAUUGAGGAGUUUGACGAUGACACCGACUUCGCGCUGCCCAGCGCGCCGCCCGCUGCGCCCGGCGGAGCAUCGGCCGACCAGAUGGCGCAGCUGCAGCAGAUGAUGGCCCAAAUGGGCGGCGGCGGCGGCGGCGCACCAGGCGGUCCAUCGGGGGGCAUGCCACCCCAGCUCGCGCAGAUGAUGUCGCAGAUGGGUGGCGGUGGCGCUGGCGGCAUGGGAGGCGGCUUCCCCGGCGGCCCUGCUGACCUGCCUGCCAACCCGACGCUGACGGCCGAGGAGAAGCGGUGGACGACGCUGUACCCCAUCUACUUUGAUGCCAAGCGGCCCUUUCGCAAGGGCGCCCGCCGCAUCAAGCUCGACGAGGCCUGCCUCUGGCCGCUGAGCGAAGACAUUGCCGACGCUGCCCAGCGGCUCCGCCUCCUCCACGCUCACGAGCCCAGAAAGACGCAUCCGAGCGACUGGGAGAACCCGGGCCGGGUCAAGGUGCGCCUGUUUGACGACGACGGAAAGGCCGUCGAUGCCAAGAUUCAGUCGAAACAAGACCUCAUCAAGGAGGUUGCAUCCAUGAUCCAGUCGCAGUGCGGUGGCAAGCCCGCAAAGACAGCGGCAAAGAAAGAGGGAGCCGCGGAGAAGACGGGCAAGGAAAACAGCAAGAACAGCAAGGACAAGAGCGUGCCAAAGCGAAAGACGCAGCGGCUGCUUCCUCACGCCCGCAUCGAGGCCAAGUCGGCGCCUCCACUGGCACAGCGGUACCCGGUCACGUCGCCUGCGCGCGAGGUGGGCAUGCUCAACGCCGACCUCGGCGGCAUGCUCGGCGGCAUGGAGGGCAUGGGCCCGCUGGGCGCCAUGAUGGGCCAGAUGGGCCUUGGCGGGGGCGACGACGACGACGAAGAGGGCGAAGGCGGCGCACAGGAGGACAAGGAGGACGAAAAGAAGAAAAAGGACCCACUGCAGAACCUGAGCAGACGGCAGAGAAAGAAGGUCAUCCGUGUUGGUCGUUAGAGAGAGAGCGCAUACAUUUCAAAUUGCAAUGCAUCUUUUCGC